CGUUCAGUCUAAAAUGUAUUGGCAAUACGAACGUGUGUUAAACGGUAAUAUUCUGACGCGUUGCAGUUGACUUGAUCUCAAUUUCUUGUACGUUUGCGAUCGUCGGAAUUCGCUUCAAAGAAAGUCGGACAAAACAAAACAAAUUCGAGGAAAAUCCAUUCGAAAAGUGCAUUGCCCAAAAGUGUGAAAAUAAAUAAAAAUAUAGCCAUAAAAGUUGCUAAAUUCCAAUGAAGUUAUUAUAUGAAAAGUGAAUUGUGAAAGAAUGUUGUGUGCUAGCAUCAAUAGAGAAUGAAUGAGAAUUAACAAGUGUGUGAAAAGUUGAAUAAAGUGAGGCUGAGGCUGUGGGCAUUAAAAAUUAACACGAGCUUGUGAAUUAACCGCGAUUGUGGGAAUUUAUUUAUGCAACGGGACGUGCGUUUUGUGGCGUACGUUUGUGUGUGUUCAAAUCAAAAACAUAUGUACAAAUUUUGAAAAUUUUGCCACAAUAUUUUGCAAGAAAUGACCCGGUGUAUCUUAAAUGGUUUAAUAUCGAGUGGAUUAAUGUGGCGCACUUAAAGCUGAUAUUUCGCAGUCCAUUAAAUGCUAUCAUUCAAAAUGCUAGAGAUUUAGUGAAGUUGUACAACUACUUAAAUAUCCAAGAACUGCCGAAAAUACUUGCCAAUCAAAAUGUCGCUCAAUCAGGGAAAAUAUAAGCCCAGCAUAUGCGCUAUCGAUGAGGUUGACGAUCGCAGCCUAAAAAACGAUGAUCUCCAAAAGCAACAAAUCGAGGGCAGUGAAACAGCGCCCUUGACCACCAACCAACAGAAAUUGCACAUUGAACCCAGUAAUCGUACGGGGAAGGAUGUUGAAUCGCAGAUAGAUGAUAACAUUGGCGGCAAUGGCAACAGCAAAACGGAUGUACUCACCGCCGAUGCUGAUAACGCACCUGCCAAUGGUUUUCGUGCCUUCCUACUUCCAGGUCGCCUUUCGCUGGACGCUCUAAUGCAGCUGUCGCGCAAACGUCGCAUACUUUACAUAACGACCGUUUGCUUUUGUGCCUUACUCUUAGUCAUAAUCGUCAUGUUGAUUGCCUUCUGGCCGGAUGUGCCAUUUUACUUCCGUGCCGAAUUGUGUCUGGAGAAGGAAUGUGUACAGACCAGCCAACAGCUGUUGCUGUGGGCCAAUAUAUCCAAAAAUCCCUGUCACGACACCUACGAAUGGGCGUGUGGUAAUUUUGAGCGUGAAUAUGCGGAAAAUGAUUACUAUGUCAUAAAGCGUGGUGAAUGGAAUUACAAGACCUACAAUGAGUAUGAAGAGCUGAAUGAGCUCAACCGUUUCAUAUCAAUGCUGCCAUCGUCUGGCGCAUCAUAUACAGUGGAGUCAAUGAUAUCCAGCUUGUAUAGAUCGUGUCGUGAAAUCGAUACACUUGACAAGAGUCAAUCGGAUUUACUGUUGAAGAAGGCGAUCAAAUCUGUGGAGGGUUGGCAAGCAUUUAGAGAUUCCAUACGUCUACAAAAUUGGGAAUACAAAAAGGCUUUAGUGCAUCUUCAGGCUAUAUAUGGCAUAUUUCCAUAUUAUAAAGUCAGUGUUGAAAAUCGUUUUAAUAAACCGCAUGAGUACAUCAUAACUUUGGAUGAGGGCGAGAUCGGUUUGCCUGAUCGUUAUUUCUACAGCAUUGAUUCAAAUGAUCCGAUCGUACGUGGUUAUAAAUUGCUGCUUCGUGACUUUGCCAUAAAUAUUGGUAUUGUUUCACGCGAAGCUGAUCUCUUUGCCGAUGAAAUUUUCCACUAUGAGAAACGCAUCGUCACACACAUCGACUCUGUGAAACAAUCCGAUGAGAGCAAAGUGAAUGAAAUAAAGACGUUAGCUGAGAUGAAAACAAUUGCGCCGUCGUUGCCAAUAAUGGAAUCGCUACAAGCGAUUUUCAGACAUACUAAAAUCAGCGAUGAAACAGAGAUUCUUGUGCGUGACGUGAAUGUCUUUCGUGAACUCUCCACUGUUGUCUCCACGUCCGAUAAAAAACCCAUUAACAAUUUUAUAAUCUGGUCGUUGGCGCGUCAUCUGUUGCCGCAUUUGUCACGUGAAUAUCGCAAUUUGAUGGAGAACUUUGAUCAUGCCAUUUACGGUCAUACCUCCACAUAUCCGCGUUGGAUGGUUUGCUCGCAAAUUGUACGCGAUUGGCUGCCAUUCGCCGUAGACGCGCUGCAGCAGCAACAAAAUUCUGAGCGAUCAAAGUCCAAACGCUAUGCCACGCAAGACUACAAAAAUGACAACGGCAAAGGUGCGCAGGAACCCAGUAAAGCGCAAGGCAAUGAUGCGUUCUUGCGACUCAUGUAUUACAGUCUGCAGAACCAGCUGAAGGACUCGGUCAAUCAGGCUAAUUGGAUUGAUAAGCGUGUCAAGAGCUAUAUUAUAGAUAAAUUGACUACAAUGCGCCUGCAGAUUGGCAUACCCGAGGAGGCGCUCAGCGACAAGGCAUACAUCAAGGACUACUACAAUGAUCUGCUAUUGAAUAAUCUGUAUUUCGUUGAGCAUUUAGAAUCGAUUUGGAGUUUUCGUAAAGCGCGCAUGGAAGCAAAAUUGAAUUCCAUGGGCAUUGUGGACACCAUUGUCUCCGAAAUGUACACCCAUUAUGUACCGCAGCCAAUUCGGUAUUCGAAUAUUUUGAAUAUGUUGAUCAUAUCAAGAGGUGUCGCCGCAUCCAAGUACUACGAUUACAGAUAUCCAAUUCCAGUUAACUUCGCACGCCUUGGCGCCGACAUUUUGGAAGUUCUCAUCGACUCCAUCUACACAUUUGUGGAGCAGUACAAGGCGGAGCACACGAUAUUGACAAAUGAGAGCCUCGCAGCACAAUUCGACUUGCCAAAUGUGGAUGUCAAGUGUAUAUUGGGUGAGGCUGCUUCUCAUGCCAGCGAUUUGGACGAACUUUCGACGCAUGCGCUGCGAAGUUUCCAUUACACAUUGAGCGCGGCGAAAAUAGCCGCACGCGCACAAACCACUUUCAUAGAAGCCAUCGACACGGGCAGUCCCAUCGCUGGUGCCAGCAUUGAUCAGGCCAUGACCUAUGAGAAUCUACGUUUGACGCAUCGGCAUCGCAUGCCCGGCUUGCGUUCAUUUAACGAAAACGAGCUCUUCACACUCGCUUACAUGCAGAAGCACUGCAGCACGCUGAUUGCCGACAGGUAUUAUGCGCCGAUCAAACCGCAUGUGGAGCAGCAAUUAGCUGAGGAAUAUCUUUUCACAGCGACCUGGCAGCAUAUACAAUUCCUGCCGCGUUCUAUUAGCUGUUCGACGCCCGAAACGCCCUGCUCCAACAUACUCUAAAUAGGUCUAGGAACAUUCAAGCUUAUGAAUUUAGUCGUGUUUUGUUUUGUUUGCGAGACAAUUUUCUAUUUUUAUUGCUAAGACUAGAGAAUGCCAGCGCUAUGCAUACACACGUGUGUGUGUAGUGGUUAUAGCAAAUAUACAUACAUACAUAAGAAGUUACAUUCACAUUCUAUUGUAGUUUACCGCUAUUUAUAUUUUAUACUAAUAUUAUUGUACUUGUAGUGUAUUUAUUAAGUAGGCCUACACUGUGUAGAAUUCUCCAUACUAUUUCUGCAGAUUUUUUGUAAGUUUAUACAAAUUACUUUUAGUUAGUUCAGUUAGGUUUUAAGUGAAAAUGACUUGCUGCGCAUCUCUUCAUAACAAACAACUAUUUUUAUAAUGUAAUUCAUGCUUUUUUCAUUUUAAAAGCAAAAAUUAAAAACUAGAAAAGAGUAUGAAAGCGGUAGAAAGACACGCAUGAAUUUACAAAAUGUAAUAUAACAUAAAUCAACUGCUUAUUGCAGAAAUCAUGUAUUUUUUUUAUAAUAAAAACCAAUAUUUAGAUAUGUGUCAAAAUAAAGAUUAUUGAAGUAAAACAUGCCAACAUUUUUUU